AUGUCUCGGCGGGUGCUGGUCCUCGAUGGAUUAUGGUACUCCUUGUGCCCCGCAUUCACUCCGCUUGCACUUAAUCGCCCAAAUCCUCUGCUGAGAUUGAGAAAACAAAGUUCCAGACCAUGUCCUUCGCCAGUUCCUCGCAUUGCGGCGACUUCGCAACCGCGCCGAUGCUGCAGUAGUAAUGCAAGACGAAAGAAUGUCGCCAAUACUCGAACAGACUUGUUCUCGAAUGAUAAAUUGUACAGAGCUCCACCCUCCUCCGAUUCUGCGCUAUAUUCCCUUCAGCACGACGAUAACCUAGUCGACACCGACUCCAAUAUCUCGCAUUUCAACGAGCCACAGACCCGUCAAAAACCGAACACAUGGCUGAAGGUGCCGCCACACCUCCGGAACAAGACGGUGUCCGAGCUGGAGACCUUAUUGCAAGGAGAAAUGGUCAAGAACCCGAGGAUCCAAGUCGCGACAGAUAUCCUGCGUGCGCUGAUCCGGGACCACCAUGUCCAACCCAGCGCUCGCCACUAUAAGGCGCUGAUGCUAGCAAACACGGAUUCGCAAAGGGGCUCGCCAGACUUUGUGCGGAGUUUAUUGGCCGAAAUGGAGCGGGACGGUAUCGCAGCGGACUCGGGGACUCUGCAUGCUGCUUUGCAGGUCCUUGCAGUGCAUCCGGACUACCUACUUCGGCAAGAAGUUCUACGCAAGCUUCGAGACCGCUGGUUAACACUCAGCCCUGCGGGCUGGCAUUUCGUCGUCGCGGGCUUACUUCGCGAGCAUCAGUUCGAGCUUGCGCUCGAGCAGGUUACUUUAAUGGAGCGGAAGGAUAUUCACGUCGAGAAUUGGCUUCAUAGCGCAAUAAUAUACCACCUCUGCGAUUUCGAGGAAUUUGACGAGGUGCUCCGCCUGAUGCAGGCCCGCGUCAGCCAGGGCCAUGAUAUGACCCACAUGCUCUGGAAUUAUGUACUGGAGAAGGCUGGCAUGGCUCAACACUAUGCUUUGACUCGCUUUGUAUGGCAGCGGAUGGUGGAGCUUGGUUAUCUGCGCCCACGGGCAGAGAAGUGUAGGAUCGUUCUCGGAAUUGCCGCGGGAGUUGGUGACAACGAGCUGGCGAAUUCGGUGUUUCGCUACCUCACCUCUCGUGGAACUCCGCUGGAUCUGCAGGACUAUGAGAGGCUCAUUGAAGCCCAUAUUGGGGCAGGAAGGCUCUAUACUGCAUUCGACGUACUCUGUACAAUGCACAAGGCUGGCAUCUUUCUUGGGGAGAGCUCGACACGAUCUGUGCUCGCGUACAUGAUUCAGAACAAAAUCGAUCGGAGAGAAGCGUGGCAGAUGCUGAAGCGGCUGAAGAACGAGGGGCGAAGUAUUCCCCUAGGCUGUGUUCACGUCAUUGCUCAACUCUGUGAACAUGAUGCCCUGGCAGAUCCUUCGGUAGUGGAUGAUGCCGUGGGAUUCUACAAAGAGCUUUAUACUCUAUAUCCCGAUGGCGCAGAUGUUUCUGUGUACAAUACUCUGGUUCAAAUGUGUCGUCGCGCCCGCAAACUUGACGCCGGCAUGUUUUUAGUGAAGGAGAUGGCAGCCCUUCGUGUCAUGCCUAACACCGCCACUUUUGAAGCUAUUAUCCUGAUGUGCCUCAGUACAGGCAACUACAAGCCGGCUUUCAUGUACUUUCAAGACCUGAUCAAGCGAGGUGGGUCGAUCGGGCUGGAAGCACGAAAGGAAAUUGGAGAGAUUUGUUCGCAGUCUAUGGACGAGUUUGCUAUGCGAAUUCAUUAUCAUCCCUCAAUACAGGAGCCCCAAGGUUCCAGCCAAACAGGACAUUCUCAACAGGAGGCCGAUUCCAUCAAGAAACUCGAAACCCCAAAGGCGAAUCGUGAUGCCAAUGAGGAUGGUCCAGAGAUGGUCAAAAGAGCACGUGGACAUGGCCGUACCAAUGAUUCAGAGAAGGCUCGAAUCGCUUAUAAUCGCGAUCGCCGGAGGAGGAAAAGAUUUCGUUUGGCGAUGGAGCGGUGGGAACAAGAAGAGCUGCUGAAAUCGGAUCACAGCACCAGCAACCAUCCGGCCUCCGUUGAUGGAGAUUCUUCGGAAACGAGCAAGUAA